CGGCCUGCGAGACACGUCAUACGUCAGAGGCCAGUUUAUAUAUUUUUAUCGUAAAAUUUCAACAAAAUGAAGUUUUCUAUUAUAUUAGGGAUUUUAACAUGCUGCUCUAUAGCGUUUGCCUAUCAAGAAACAUUAGUGCUUGUCGAUAAUCUUAACGUAAGAGAAACUCAUUCACAAUUUUUCAAAUCUUUGCAAGAACGAGGCUACACUCUCACAUUUAAGUUGGCCGACGACGCUAACCUUGUUCUCUCGAAGUAUGGCGAAUAUUUGUACAAGAAUUUGGUCGUGUUUUCGCCCAGUGUGGUGGAGUUUGGUGGUCAAAUCGAUACUGAUGCUAUCACAAAGUUCAUAGAUGAUGGAGGCAAUGUGCUUAUUGCUGGUAACUCGGCCGCUAGCGAUGUAUACAGGGAAAUUGCCUCAGAAUGCGGUUUUGAAAUGGAUGAAGAGUCAGCAGCAGUGAUAGAUCACUUCAACUUUGACGCACUAGAUGAUGGAGACCAUACAAGAAUUGUAGUGUCGCCCAAGAACUUAAUUAAUGCGCCAACCAUUGUUGGACCUCAGAAUAUCAAGCCCUUACUAUUUGAGGGUACAGGAUUGAUUCUGGAUAAAGACAACAGCUUAGUUAUGCCCAUAUUGAGUGCAGACAGCACUGCUUACAGCUAUAAUCCUAAGAGCCAGGUUAAAGAAUACCCUCACGCCGUUGGCCGCAAGACGGUCCUCAUAGCCGCUCUGCAAGCCAGAAAUAAUGCUCGCAUUGUAUUCAGUGGUUCACUGUUCUUCUUCUCCGAUGAAGCUUUUAAUGCCCCUGUAUCUAAGGUCCAUGGUGACAAACUAAAGUCUGACGCGUCUGGUAACAAAGAGCUGGCUAUUCACUUGAGCCAAUGGGCCUUUGGCGAACGAGGGCAGUUGCGCGUGGGGCGUGUACAGCAUCACCGCCAGGGGGACAGCGAGUCGUCCAACACGUACACCAUUAUGGACACUGUGGUAUACAGAAUCGAAAUAGAAGAACUCAAGAACGGCAAAUGGCAGCCAUUCGAAGCUAACGACGUGCAACUAGAGUUCGUUCGCAUUGAUCCCUUCAUCCGCACCACGCUCAAGAAGAAGCCCAAUGGAGUGUACGAGGCUAUCUUCAAGGUUCCUGAUGUGUGGGGAGUAUACCAGUUCAAGGUUGAUUACGAUAGGAUCGGAUACACAAGGCUUUAUCAUUCUACUCAGGUGUCUGUCCGCCCGCUACAACACACGCAAUACGAGAGGUUCAUACCCAGUGCCUACCCCUACUAUGUGAGCGCAUUCUCCAUGAUGAUUGGAGUGUUCCUCUUCUCUUUUGUAUUCCUGUACUAUAAGGACGACUCACCUAAAUCUAAGAGUGAAUAAGUAGUGUAAUAUUUAUUGUACGCAUGUAAUAAAUUUUUAAUAGUU